AUGGUAGACACAAGAGCAUCGAGGCGAGUAACUAGGACCACUACUAAGAAUAUUAGUAGGUCUUCUACGACCAGUGCCAGGGGUAAGAAGGCUACAAAGCCCAGUACUGGUGCCCCUGGUGAUUCGGAUGGUAGCGACAAUGAGCGACUUGAGAUUCUGGAUUUGCUGCUAGAUUCUACCCCAAAUAAUCCUCUGGGAGCUUUGGGCUCCACUGCUCCAGCCGAAUCCACGGAUGGUACCACCGCCCGUACCACAGGACGGUCAGACAGCAGUGAAUCUGCAGACGUGGAUGCUUAUACUGAGGUUUGUAAGGCCCCUGAACCUCCACGCAAGAGAGGGAGGAAGCCAGGCAAAUCAGCCAGUAAGAGGGAAAGUGAUCCCGGCCCUGAAGGGCGACUCCCAAAGAAACCCAAAGGCAAAGCUGAUGACCAAUUGGACCAACAGCUGAGGGAGCUAAGCAGUCAGCUAGGGUCAAAGAAUCCCCAAGUAUACCAGCACGUAAACCAGCUAUUGAAAAACAUAUGCACCUCGACAGAUAAAAUAUACUCAAACUACCUAACGGCAGACGAAGCGUUCGUGUUACUAGCCAAAGAUGUGGCCCUGUUGGCCUCCAGUUUGACACCGAAAAAGGGCACUAAAGCAGCCUUAAACCUGGUCAAAAGCAAUAAUCUGAUGGUGCAAAACGAAUUAAUGAACGUAUUAUACGAGAAGUUAGUGCUGGUAAUCAUAUACACAUGUAAAAACAAGGUGGACUCCAAAGUAAUAGACAACGUAGCGAAGCUGAUAUACAAGCUAACAAAUGAAGUGCACGAACGAAUUGUGUGCUUGAAUGCAAAUGAUAAUGAACACAAUCAAAACAAGCUGUUGCUGCAUAUCUGGGACGUGCUCCUGGUGUUGAUUUACUGCAAGGAGAAGAGGCUGAGGAUUAACUUUACGCUCUUUCUGGAAACGUUUGUAAGGAAUGCGUGUCUGGACGAAGUUGUGAUUAACUCGCAACUGUACAAAAAGCACAUCAACGCGCUGCUUAACCUGAUGAACGACGGGUACUCGCAGGUGUACGUGACGUCGCUGAAGCUGUUGCAGUCGUUUCAGGCGCCGGAGGUGUUGAACAUACUGAUGCUGAACCUGGAGCACCCGGAGGAGGACAUCAGGCACACGACAGUGCAGAUCCUCGACAUAGUCAACUUCGAGAUCCUGGAGGCGCUGAUACUGAAGCUGACGGACACGUCGGCGAAGGUGCGCUCGGCAAUAUACGCGAAGCUAGGGCCUCUCCUGAGCAGCAUUCCGACGGCGUACAUGCUGUACGUGUUUAACAGGGCACUGAAGGAAAACGGAGUGAGUGGAGACCAGGGGACGAAGGGAGAGGUGAAGAGAGAGAAUAGUAAGCUGAGAGGAGUUGGCAGAGAAGGGGGAGUGAAGCACGAGGGAAUACUGGGAUUCUACGAAGCAAUGACGGCCUGGAUAACGGAGCUAGGGCUAGUAGGCUACGUGGAGCUGCUGAUGGGAAGCACGCUGCAGUUGGAAGUGGUGCUGAGUGUGAUGGUGAAGUACUUCACCCACGUGGCAAGUAAACUUAACAGGGACGAAGGCGGAGACAGGGCAGUAGAAGACGCGGAGCGCAUAUACAACGAGCUGGUGAGCAACAAGGAUAACCUGUUGCUGAUGUACGUGAACAGCCAGCUGACAGGGGACGGCAGCGUGGAGUUGAGUGUGCUAGUGAGCAGGCUGAGAGGGAUAGUGGCAGAGCUGACCAACACUACUGACACAGGAUUUACUAACACCACUGACACUGGAUUCACGAAGUCAGGAACGAAGGAGACAACGACCUCGGAGGUGGAUGGAGAGGGAGGUAAGGUUGGCGAGGCAGAUAAGGUUGGAGAAAGUAGAACUCGUGUUAGCAGGUUUAAUACGCUGAGUGGGAAGAACGCAACGGCUGAUAGCGGCAGCGAAGACGCUGAGAAGAUUUUUAAGUCGGUGAACGACGUGAACCUGGUGCUGAAAAUGCUGGCACCGAAGCUGGCAAAGGGAGACCUGUCGAGCGAGUUCAGAGGAGUGGAAGGCUCAGACGGCGCGCUGGAAACGCUGAUAUCGAUUCAAAGUGACCUGAAGAGACUGCUGCUGCUGGUGCCGAUGAAGUUCAUCACUGUGACUCUGAUAGACGAGUACGUCAAAAUGACGAACAUGGACUCGGACUACUCGCUGAACAGCAGCUACCUGAUAGUUAACAACCCAGUGUACUACCUGCUCCUGCUGCUCAACAUGCUGAACGCGAGCUGCGGAGCCGGAGGGUUCAGCAGCAGAGGGAGGCAGAAGUCAGGCAGAAGCGACGAAGGCGGCAUCCUGACGAGAGCAAACACGCUAGACAGCGCAGAAGUGGUCCUGGAGACACUGAAGGACAUCUACGACCCGUUCGAACUCAACGACAUCAAGAACAUCAGAAUAGUUAUCAACGACCUGAAGGUGGUGAGGAUGAACGAAAUCGAUAGCUAUAACUUCAAAAGUUACUCGCUGGACCACCUGACGCAGUUCUCGAGUCAGCUGCAGGGGCAGCUUAAGGUGCACCAGGACCACCAGAGGGAGCUGGUAUACAUGCUCAACGAGACUGGCACGAAGGGCAGUGGAUCAAAGAAUGCGAGGAAUGGAAAGGCGAGGAAAAAUAAGCUGGAUGAGGAAAUAAGGCAAAACGUGCACCUGAUGAAUAAGCAGCAAAGGCUGUUGUAUAAAAUAAAAAUGGAAAUUAAUAACAGGCACCUGCACAUCCUAGUGAUCAUCUACAUAUACCUUAAUUUGUAUAGCAUAUCAGCAUGUGCAAUUAGUAGAGGAGGCGUGGGAACUGGAUUGGAGCUCGCUAAUGGAGACUUGUAUAGCAGUAGCAGCGGAGUGAACAGUAUAUUCAACAUAUACAUAAUGCCAAUACUGACGUCGUUUUCAACAUCAAGCAGUGUUGUCUCAUCAGGUUCUAGCAACGUUGGGGACAGUGAUGGUGAGACUGGCGGAGAUGAAGGCAAAGAUGGGUUGGAUGAGUUGGAGUACUACAACAACACCAUAGUGUUGAUGUGUCUGUGCAUAUAUAACAUUGAACUGGGAAUAUACUAUGUGUUGUUGAACAAUCUGAUAAGUAUGUUGGAAAAUGAUACGAGAUGUGGUAAUAGUGGUAAGAAUGAGAAGAAGAGUCCAACGAGAAGUAGUAUAGAAGUUAACAAGAUGCCCAUGAGAGAUAAUGACAUAUACAUAUACAAGUUGGAAAUAAUACUAAAGAUAAUAGUGGAUUUGCUACACCUACUGCACGUAAACAAUGUACUGGCUGGAACAAAUGGAAGAGAUAAGAAUGGAUUGGCUGUAAGUGGAAGUGGUAGGAGUGGAUCAAGUGCAAAAGGAGGGAGUAAGGGGAAGAGUAAGAGUAGUGAAGCAGAAGGAAGUAACAGUGGUGUUAACGAGGAAGUAGUUGAUGGGAUAUUCGAGAAGAUGUUGCAAAUAAUUAAUGGAAGUAUAAAAAUAAACAGCUACGUUCACUCGAUAGUGAUUAAGCUGUUGGUAAAAACAGUGCCAAUGGUUAACACGCAAACGCUGUUGACAAGUUACACAGUGUGUAUGUUGGAGUUGCUGCUGUUUGUGCCACCAGGGAUUAGCAGUAACGCACGAGGUGUAUCGCAUUUUACAGGAGCAGCGACGAGUGGUGCAGCAGCAAAGCAGGGGAUGUGGAAGAGAGAAGUCUUGUUCAACGUGAUAAGUAACCUCUACAAUAAGAAGUACGACCUGGUAAACAGCUGCAUAGGGGAAGUGAUCAGCACGACGUUCAAAUACCUGCUGAGCGGAGAAGGAGCGUUGAAGGAGGAGGUGCUCUGCAGGUUUAAGUUCUUCUUUAUAUACCUGUUCAACGUACACAGAAGCACGACGGCUAACAGGGGCGAUGGUGGUAACAGUAGUAGCAGUAAUGGAAACGGCAACUAUGGUAAUGGUAACAAUGAUAGUAACAGUGAUGGCAACAGUAAUGGUAACAGUAAUAGCAGUAAUGGUAACAAUGAUAGUAACAGUGAUGGCAACAGUAAUGAUAACAACUAUGGCAGCAACGACACAGGUAGUAACAGCAAUGGUAACAACGACUAUCAUAGCAACGACCGUAAAGGCAACGACGGCAAUAGUGCAGCCAGGUGUAAAAAUGACAUAUACGGGCAUGUGGCAAGCAUAUUUCACGAGCUGCUGGGAGUAAAGUAUGUAAACGUCAACGAGUUGCUGUUCCUAGUGCAGUACCUGUUGAACACGACGACGGGUGACACGUUCGAUGACGAAGGUAGGAGUGGCCUUAAGGAUGGCAAUGGUGAGAAUGGUGAUUCGGAGUCGACAAGAGACUCGAAUAAACAGCUGUUGUAUGUGGCACUGAAGAGGUACUACGAAGAUAACCACAAGUACCUGAAGAGUAACAAGUUGGUAAAACUGGUACUGGAUCAGCUGUCGUUCAGUGUUGACACGACAGCAGCAGCAAUGGGAACGGCGGUCGCUGCCUCCAAAGGUGUUAAGAGCAGUGGAUACGGCACGGUUUCUAAAGGUUCCACGAGUGGUGCACGUGGUACAGGGUCAGACUAUUACGAAGACGGGGACUGGCAUAGUAAAAUGUAUAGAACGCCGACAGCGAGCAUGGGCGCAGCCAGACAGGGUACGACGCCGUACUGCAAGUUCCUGUGUGUGAUGAGCAGCGCAGGAAAGACGCCGAGCAGGUCAGUGAGGAGAAGCAGACGCAGACAGGAAAGCGUAAGCAGCGAGGAGAGCUACUUCACAGUCACGAGUGACACCACGGAGUUGACGGAAAACACCGAGGAGACGCUCAGCAGUGACUCUGAGGAGGACUCCGAGACUUCGAGCUCAGAAUACUAA